AUGGCACUGCUGUGCUACAACAAGGGCUGUGGGCAGAGGUUUGAUCCUGAGCACAAUGCUGAGGAUUCAUGCCUGUAUCACCCGGGUGUUCCCAUCUUCCACGAUGCCCUGAAGGGCUGGUCUUGUUGCAAGAAACGCACAACAGACUUCUCUGAGUUCCUCUCCAUAAAGGGAUGCACAAAGGGGUUUCACAGCAAGGAGAAACCCCCUGAACCUUCCAGCCAAGGGGAGACCUCAGAUGAGCCGAAGGUCAAACCAGUGAAGGAGCUCAUUGUCCAAGGACCAAAAUCAGCUGAGAAGAUGCUGCGGGAGAGACCAAGCUCUGAUGAGCCAAGACGACUGCUGCCCAUUAAAGUAUCCAGGUCUCUGGAGCAGGCACUGGAGAAACUGAACCUGUCCUCCAAGGACAAGACACUUGAGAGCAGUUGCACAGGGGAGGGAGCUGCCCAGGUGAGAGCUGGCACCAAGUGCAAGAAUGCAGCCUGCAAGGCGAUUUACCAGGGCCCAGAGAGUAACACAGAGGUUUGUAUGUUUCAUCCUGGCGUUCCUGUCUUCCACGAGGGGAUGAAGUACUGGAGCUGCUGUGGAAUCAAAACAACAGACUUCAGUGCCUUCAUGGAGCAGCCAGGCUGCAGCAGAGGGUGGCACUGCUGGACUGGGAAGACGGACAAGGCGGCAGUGUCAUGUCGGCAGGACUGGCACCAAACCAGCACCCAGGUGGUGGUGACAGUCUAUGCCAAGAACCCUCUGCCCACUCUCAGCAGCGUGAAAGCAAACCGCACUAUGCUAGAGGCUCAUGUCAUCUUUGAAGGGAAUAAGAUUUUCCAGGCAGAACUGGAGCUCUGGGGGAUCAUCGAAAUAGAGAAGAGCUUUGUGAACAUGGUCCCAGCCAAGGUGGAGAUCACACUUUGCAAAGCAAGCCCUGGCUCCUGGGCCAGGCUGGAGCUUCUCUCUUUUCCUCUGUCAGGGCUCUUGCCAGAAAAGGAGGCUGCCAACAAAGAGGAGCCUGAGGCAGCGCAGGAGUGGGACUCUGAUGACAGCUUGAGCUGGUCAGAGGAGGAAGAAGAAGAGCUGGAGAUGGGGACAUCGAAAGGCACAAAUAAUAAACACCCAGAGCAAAGGUUGUACUCUGAAAUCCCUGACAGGAGCUUAAGGAACGCCUUGUCUUCUGUCCCUCCCUCCCCUGUGCCUGGCUGGGGCAGGACAACAAGAGGAGACCCCCUGUCUGCACCUGGGCCAG